CUCGCCACCCUACCCCCCCCCUCGUAUUCCCCAACCUCCCCCUCUCAACAUCCCAGGCCUCCCGACCAUCCACUUCGCCGACCUGCCUCUCGACGACAUCAACCCGAUCUCCGCCGACACCUGGAUCAUGGAGGACACCGGCGCCGGGGCUCUCGCUGGACCCCUGGGCGGCCUGCUCAUCGGCGGCCUCAUCGCUAUCAAUGUGGGCGCCAUCGCCGGCUACAUCGUCGACAAAUCCGGUGUUCUCAGCAGGAAGGAAAGGCAGGCAGGAGAUGCCUCUCAGUUGGCGGAGACUGAAUCCUACAUCCUGUCCGCCGUCAGUCAGGUAGACACCCACGGUUGUAUCCUGAAGCUGCUGUGUCUGCUGGAGGCGGAGAAGGCGUCGGAGGAGAAGCUCACGGAGGAGGAAAAACUCUUCGUGGAUUUUCUCUCGAACAAAAUGCCUCUUUUCUCCCAGGAGGCCAAUGCAACGGCCCUCAUUUCCGAGGAACAAGACCCCGGUCGAUCCCACAGCGAGGAGGAAUGCACUGCGCUCUUUAGUAAUUGUCCCGUUGGGGGCCAGCUGCUCAGGAGGCUCCUCGGUGUCGUGUGGGGCUUCGGUAUCAGCUCGAUCUGAGUUCCAAGCGUCGUUAUCCUGCAUCAAACUGGACCCAAAAUUCGCCCUCUGACAUUUUCCGAGCUCAGGCUUCAUAUCAUAAUAGGACUUGGGGUUCACUUCCAUAUUGAUGAAUGUUGCGAAAAUAGUUCUUUUCGUGGCCCUGUGAAAAAGAUAUUCCAUAUUUCCUAUUCCGGUGUCUCUUUGUCCUGGCCACGCGGGGAAUAUUACAACAUUAUCACGGAAUACACUUUGCAAGAUGUACUGAUAGUAUUUAUUGUCGUAUUUAUUUAUUUAUUUAUUUCUACCUCUGUAUAAUAAGAAAAUCCUUUGCCCUACAUUAUACUAACCCAUCGUGCUGGUCACUCUAGACACAUUGCUGUAGGAGGAAUACAUUAACUAAGAUGACUGUGGCAUAAAUGAAAAACUUGACUUUGUAUGUGACUUUAUAUAUAUGCUACAAUUGAACUGAAUAUUGAAUGUUUGUGUAACAUCUGUUCGAAGUUUUUUUCUUCCAGAAUGAGUGGCAUAUUUCUUGGUUCAUCACUGUUAUAUUUUCAAGAAUAAACCAAA